AUGUUCUAUUAUCCCAAUGUGCUUCAGCGCCACACCGGCUGCUUCGCCACCAUCUGGCUGGCAGCGACGCGGGGCACCCGGUUGGUGAAGCGCGAAUACCUGAAAGUGAAUGUGGUGAAGACCUGCGAGGAAAUCCUCAAUUACGUGCUGGUGCGAGUUGAGCCUCCGCUGCCGGGUGCGCCGCGGCCCCGCUUCUCGCUCUACCUCUCGGCGCAGCUCCAGAUUGGCGUCAUCCGGGUCUACUCUCAACAAUGCCAGUACCUUGUAGAAGACAUCCAGCACAUCCUGGAGCGCCUGCACCGUGCCCAGCUGCAGAUCCGCAUUGAUAUGGUGGAGACUGAGCUACCCAGCCUGCUGCUGCCUGACCACCUGGCCAGGAUGGAGACUCUGGAAGAUGCUCCAGACCCCUUUUUUGGGAUGAUGUCUGUGGAUCCCAUGCUGCCCGAUCCCUUUGAUAUCCCUCAGGUUCGACACCUUUUAGAGGCCGUGACCCCAGAGAAAGUUCCUGAAGAGAUCCCUCCUGAAGUCCCUGCAGAGCCUCCAAAGCCAGAAAGGAUUCGGGUAACCCCGGAAGCCAUCACGAUCAAGGAGGCGGAGCCUAUACGUAUGCUGCGGAUUGAGGGUGAACGGGAACUCCCAGAAGUCAGCCGCCGAGAGUUGGAGCUGCUGAUUGCUGAGGAGGAUGAAGCCAUCUUAUUAGAGGAACGUCGGCGAGGUAGGACCCACCUGGCGCUAGACGGUCAGACCCCGGGCACUGGCCAUCUGGGCCGGGCAACGUUCACAUCUCUUAUGUGUUCUAAGCUUGAUCCUCUCUUCACAGAAUUCAAAGAGGAGCCCUGGGCUCCAGAGGCGGAGAUCACAGUACCCCUGCCCUCACCUGUAGCUCUUGUAGGGGUGGAGGAGGCAGCAGAGCCACUUCCCAGCCGGGUCCUGGCCCCAGAAGAGCUGAAGCUGGUAGGCUGGGAGCCGGAGGUCCCACUUCCCGAGGUGACACCCCCGCUGGAGCUGCGUCUGCCACCCGUCCCAGUCAGCCCUGAGUUGAGGAGGCCCCCAGUCGCCCCACCUCCCAGGGGCCCACCAGCUCGUCGCCGCCGCCGCCAGUUGUUAUUCUGGGAUGAGGAGACUCAGAUCUCCCGGAAGGAAUUCCAGGAACAAAUGCAAACCAGAGCCCACUGCAGGGAGUGUCCAAUGGUGCAGCCUCCUGAGAGGAUGAUCAGGAGCCCCGCGGAGCUGUUCCGAAACCCGACUUACUCUGGCUGGCUACCCCCAGAACUGCUGGCUUUCUGGACCCACUGUGCACAGCCACCUCCAAGGGCACUAAGGCGAAGGCUGCCUGAGGAGCUAGAAGAGGCUGAGAGGGAGGCAGCGGCUGAGGAGGAGAGAAGAAAGGCUGAGACUCCAAGCGAUAUUGAGGUCCUGAGGGAGGCUCUGGAGCCCAGUGGGCCCCUCAUGGUAUCUGCUGAGCUCUCCCUAGAAGCAGCUGAGGAGGAGAAGUCCCGCAUCAGCCUCGUGCCCCCAGAAGAGCGGUGGCCCUGGGUGGAGGCGGAGCAGCCAGAGGCCCCUGCGCUGCCUGUGGUGCCUGAGCUCCCUGAGGUGCCUGUGGAGCUGCCCGUGGAGCUGCCCCCCGAGCCCGAGCUGCUCUCGCCAGAGGCUGUGCACAGGGCAGUGGCGCGGGAGCUGCAGGCCAACAGGGAGCCCGACUUCAACAGCCUGGUGCCACUUCUCAGCCCCCGCAGGGUGGCCGCCCGGGUCUUCUACCUGCUCCUGGUGCUGGCCGCGCAGGAGAUCCUUCGUGUCAAACAAGAGGAGCCAUAUGGGCGCCUCCUGAUCCAGCCAGGGCCCCGAUUCCAUGACACUUAA